UUGAAUUGUCAAAACAAAAUCGUUUGGAAGCAGCUGCUCCAACACGAAUCUCGUAGUGAAUUGCGGAAUCUUAGCCGGGAAAAUAUAAACAAAAUGUUUACGAAUAAAAAAAAGAAGUAAAGUUUUAUCUUUACAAAAAAAACUAAGCUAGCGUUGAUUUCAACGGUCCCUUUGUGAUGUCGAUAAAUUCAAAACUCCGAAAAUUACGUAACUGAAUGAUGACAUUGAUCGAAUUUGAUAAGAAACCGAUAAAAGUUAUCGAAUUUUUGAAACAUUUGACGAAUUAAGAACAUUUUUCGCGAUAAAUUCAAGUAAUGUUUCACGACGCAGCUCCUCGAAAAAUAAAUUGUUAGUCAUUAUUUGCAAGUCAAAGAUUGUGCAUUCAAGUCUAAAUGCUUUGAUUUUCUGGUUCUUCCUAAUUGAACCGAUUGUUAUUUCGAAAAUUACUUCUGAAUUUCGAAACUAAGAAAGAAAUGGAGUCUAAAACAGUGAUAUAUCUAAUAGCAUUAGUAUUUGGUGCAGUUUUUUUAUUCAAUGAGUUUUUUGUCUACUUCUUAGUAUUGAACCAGUGUCAAUGGCCAUCGAAAUUUAACGAUUCCGUCCGAGCGAUGCUGCUGGCUGACACUCAUUUGCUGGGACCAUUCAGGGGACAUUGGUUCGAUAAGUUGCGUCGUGAGUGGCAAAUGCGACGGGCAUUUCAUGCUACAAUUUGGUUGCAUCAACCAAAUGUGGUCUUCAUUUUGGGUGAUGUGUUUGAUGAAGGCCAAUAUGUUGAUGGUGAACGUUUCGAGGCGUAUUUGAUGCGAUUUCAUGACAUCUUUUACACACCGUCGAACAUGAAAGUCUACAGUGCUGUUGGAAAUCAUGAUGUUGGAUUUCAUUACAGAUUGCAUCCGUAUGUGGUGGACCGUUUUAAAAAAGCGUUUAAAGAGAGUCAAAAUACGUUGAUUACAAUAAAAGAUAGUCACUUUGUGCUUGUGAACUCAAUGACGCUAUCUCGUGAUGGGUGCUACUUCUGUGCGGAGGCUGAACAAGAAAUUAGACGUAUAUCACAACGUUUGAAUUGUGCAAAGGACAGUUCCAAUUCGAGCACCUGCAGAAGAAUGACUGAUAAAUUACCGUUUUAUGCACGUCCCAUUCUUUUGCAACACUUCCCUACUUACCGUGAAUCCGAUGAAGUGUGUGUAGAGCACGAUUCUCCGCAAAUAGAAGCGUACCGUGAAGAUUGGGAGGUUUUGUCCAAAGACGCCACUCAAUUCCUUGGCAAGGCUCUGAAUCCAGCUGUUUCAUUCUGUGGUCACUCGCAUCAUUAUUGUCGCUCGUACAAUACGUGGAAUGUGGAGGAAUUUACAAUCGCUUCAUUCAGCUGGCGAAAUAAACGAAGCCCCAGUUUUCUUUUGGCGGAAUUUUCCAACGAUGAAUAUGCUGUUUCAAAAUGUGACAUGCCAAGCGAACAUACAGUGAUCUUUAUUUACAUCAUCAGCAGCUUUAUAGUGUUUUUAAUGUUUUUUUAUUUUAUAUACGACACAUACUGUCGUCGAAACUCGCGAAAGCAAAAACCAAUGUAAGAAAUACAAGAGAAUAUAAAGACUUUAAAGAUUUUCAUCCAUUUUCAA